AUGGCAUUGAGCAAGCAAGUACUCGACAAAAAUAUUCCGAUAUCUACUGGCAGAUUGAAUGCCAAUUUUGUUAAACAUGAGGAAAUUGGUGCUGGGUCAUUUGGAACAGUAUAUCGAGUUCAUCAAAAAUUAUUUAAUCAAGCACUUGCUGUCAAAGAAAUUAAUAUGAAGAAUGAUAAGGACCUAGCAAAAAAUGUACGUGAACUCUCCGUAUGGUUUCAGUUACAAUCGGAAUAUGUUGUCAAAUACAGAGACCAUUGGUUUGAGGAAACCCCUGAUACUUAUCUGACCAUAUAUAUCACAAUGGAUUUGUGCGACCAUAACCUUAGACAGCUGUUAACAGCUAAGUCUAAACGUUUUAAUCGACAAGGUGAUAUUACCCGAAUAAGCGAUUGGGAAUAUUUAAUAUGCUACUAUUUGUAUCAAGAAGUAUUAAUUGGUGUAGAUUAUCUACAUACGCAUAAGCCAGCAAUAAUUCAUCGUGAUCUUAAACCUUCGAAUAUAUUAGUAGCAUAUACGCAUGAUAAAUUAAUGAUUAAACUUGGUGAUUUUGGUUUGGCUACGAGUCAUGAAGCAGACCAAUCUCACACCGAAAAUGUGGGAACUACAAAAUAUGUUUCACCAGAAAUAUUUCGAAUUCGCAAAUAUACUACUAUGGUCGAUAUGUAUAGCAUGGGCGUUAUAUGUGAAGAGAUAUUUCAAAUUGAUUCACUAGGGGAUGAUAUUGUCGAGGAUAACGAUAAAUUUAAAUCGGGUAUUAAGGAGCUCCGUAUAUGGGCCCAAUUGGACUCGGACAAUUUUGUACAAUAUCGACACCAUUGGUUUGCAAACGAAAACAUGCCUGAUAAUAAACCCGCAAUUAUGCUAUACAUAUUAACAGACUUAUGUUGGUUUUCGUUAGACAAUAUAAUACUUCAUAAUUUCGAAUAUUCUAGACUUGGUCAUUCAAAUUUGCUAGUACCAAUAGCGUAUUACAUAGCAUCAGAAUUAUUCAUUGAAAUACUUGACGCUAUAAACUAUUUACACAGAAAAUCAAUAAUGCACCGAAGUAUACAACCAAGCAAUAUACUAAUCAAGCACCAUGCGCAUGGGCGUUUUGUUAAAUUAGCCGAUUUUGGAUUGGCUAUUGAACAUCAAACAGAAUCCCAGUCCCAUACACAAUUCCCCAAUGCAGGUAAGUAUAUGGCACCGGAGGUUAAGCAAAGUCGCAAAUAUGGGCUAUCAUCCGAUAUUUAUAGCAUUGGUGUUUUGGCUCAGGAUCUAUUUAACUUUGAUAUUAAUAAGUUUGAGUAA